CACCUGGCAACAUUUUCGUAUUGUACUCAAAUUUUUGAUUUGACAGAUCCGCCAUGCCAUAAAGCGCUUGUGAUUUUACUGUGCAAAAAUAAAUAAACGGCUUACGGUUAUUCGUUGAUUUGUUUUAUUGUGAAUAGCAAUGGCUAUUGUAGAGGACGAAGUACGCAACGAGUCGGAGGAGGACAAUGAGAUAGAGGUCGUGGUGGAAGAGGAUGACGCAGACCAAGACUCUGAUGAAUCCGACGAUGACGAUGAUGAGGAAGUGUUGGAGAGAAAAGUUGCAGAAUUGGAGCAAAGGAUUUCUGAGGAUCCCUACAACUAUGAUGAGCAUAUUGAACUAAUCCAGGCUUUAUGGGGACUCUCAGAGCUGGACCGCUGGCGUGCGGCGUUCGACCGACUCCAACAGAUGUUUGUUCUAAAGGACGUUCAUUGGCUUCUUCGGAUCCAGACCGAGGAGACGUUAGCACACUCGCCCGAAGCUAAAGAGCAGUUAGUUGAGCUGUUCAGGCAGGCUUCGUUGGAUUGCUAUUACAUCCCAAUCCUAACAGAGUGGUGCUCAUGGUCCCUCGGCGCGGGCGCGGACUCUGCUCGGACUCACCUUGAGGAGGUCCUGCGGCUGGCGGGUCCUGAUCCUCUCUCUGGGAAGCUGUUCUGGGACGCUAAGAGGGAGUUGGAGAAGGCGCAGCUUGAAUCUAUGAGCGUCGAUGACCCCGACUACAAGAAACAGCGCGAGCGAACCCUAUUCUGCCUCGAGGAGACCGUCUCCCGACCCCUCCUGAAUGGAGAAGAAGCCUGGGCUCAGUUCCAAGAGCUUGCCUCCGCAAUGCACGGCCAAGACUACGUUGACAAGGUCAAGAAACAACAUGAUGCAGCUACAGAGUAUUUACAGAAGAUCACACCUUAUGAGGAUAAACUCUUGACUAUGGAGAAUCCUGAAGAAAAGUGCAAAGUGUAUGAAGAGUACAUAGACAAAGUGAAAGAGUUAUCACUUGAAGAGAAAUAUGCGGAUUGUGAUAGUAAUGGAAUACUCAAGGUGCUAUACGACCGCGCUACAUCCGAAUGCAUCAACUGCGAGGGCGCUUACAACUUGCUAGUCGCGUGGGCGCGACAAUCGUCGCGACAUUCCAGUCGUGCGACUCAGUCGCGCGUUUUGUCUGCGUGCACGCGCCGCCGGCCGCGCCGAGCUACCUUCUGGCUGCUUACUAUGCAGCACGCGGAACAUGAGGGCAAGGGGGUUGAUGAGGUGAAGACAAUCUUCGAAACAGCCCUAUCCAAAGGAAUGGAAUCUUACAAGCAAGCCGAGUCCCUCUGGCUGGGCUACCUGGAAUGCCUGCGCCGCAGCACCGCCUUCGACAACGAGCCCGACGUGGAGCGCCUGCGACGCACCUUCCGCCUCGCCUGGGACUCUCUCGCCGAGGCGUGGGGCGAAGAGGCGAACGACUGCGAGGUGCCGCUAUACUGGGCGCGUUUGGAGUACAACCGCAUGAAGGACCCCAAGCAGGGCAAGGAGAUCUUCGAGGAAAUAUUUAAAUAUGGCGAAAACAAAACCAUGUCCAAAUACUGGGAGGCGUACAUCAACCUAGAAUCCCACCGCCACCCCUCCCUCUCCGAGAACAAACUCCGUGAGCUCCACCGACGGGCGCUGCGCUUCGUGACCGACUACCCGCCCGCCGCCGCCCGGCUCUGGACCGACUACGAGCGUGACUACGGCCAGCUGGCCACUGCCACCGAGUGCCAACACUUGUGUGAGGCAAAACUAAAAGAAUGGCGGGACAGCUACCAAGCAAUGAAAGACAAAAUGACCAACCAGAAGAAAGGAAACAAACAGCCACAGAAUAAAAAGGGUAAAUUCGAUAAAAAGAAAAAAGAGGAAGAUAAACCAAAGAAGGGAAAGAGGAAAUCUGACGAGAGCGCACAAGAUAGCGAGGUUAAGAGGAAAAAGGAUAGCAGUAUGGAAGUCGAUGAGAAGGUGAAGGAAGGGGAGAGUGGUGCUUUAAAGCGAUCUCAUGAUGACGAUGAUAGCAGUGAAGGUGCUGAUAAUAAGAGGCAGCGGACAGAAAACGCGAAAAGUGCACCGAGAGUUAGCGGCAACGAGGCCUGCACUCUCUUCGUUAGCAAUCUAGAUUACAAUGUAAACGAGAAGAAUCUCCGCGACAAGCUAUCAGAGUAUGGCGAAGUGGUGUCGCUGCGCGUGCGCGCCGGUGUUAAAGCCUUCGGCGGCUCCAUCUGCUACUGCCAGUACACCACAUCAGAGGCAGUAGACGAAGCGAUAAAACACGACCGCACAGCCCUGGACGGACGACCCAUGUUCCUCUCCCGCUACUCUGCUUCCAAAACGAAAGGCUCCUUCAAAUACGCCACGACCGUCGAGAAGAAUAAACUGUUCGUGCGCAACCUUCCGUUCUCGCACUGCACGCGCGAGCGCCUCACGGAGAUAUUCGACAAAUAUGGGAAACUUAGCGAUAUUCGAGUUGUCACGUUCAAAGACGGGAAACCAAAAGGCCUAGCGUACGUCGACUACGAGGACGAAAAGAGCGCGGCCGAAGCUGUAGAGAAAACUAACGGCAUGUUAAUAGCCGACCGCAACAUCGAGGUGGCCGUCAGCGCGCCGCCCCCGCGCCCGCGCGCCGACGCCACGCCGGCGCCGGCGCUGCUGGGGCAGCCUAAACGGGACACGGGCGGGGGAAUGCGACGGACGCAACUGAGCAGCUUCAUCCCCAGCGUCCUGCAAAAGCCAAUACCUUCAACGUCCACGUCGGCAGCGAGCGGCUCCAACGGCGCCAACGGACACGCGAGCGAAGCGCGCCCCCUUAGCAACACCGACUUUAGGACCUUGCUGCUUAAGAAGUAGGCUAACACUUGUAUAGCUCUUUUAUAAAGAAUGGUUCAAAUGAUAAUGCUGUUUUGUAUAACACCGGUUGACGGGUAUGGGGUGAAUUUGCGGCGUUUUCUUUCGUCAAUCCAACGGACACGCGAGCGAAUCGCGCCCUCUUAUCAACAGACUUUAGGACCUUGCUGCUAAAGAAGUAAGCUAAGACUUGUAUAGCUCUUUUAUAAAGAAAUGGUUCAAAUGAUAAUGCUGUUUUGUGUAACACCGGUUGACGGGUAUGGGGUGAAUUUGCGGCGUUUUCUUUCGUCAAUCUAAUGGACACGAGAGCGAAGCGAGCCCGCUCAGCAACAGACCUUGAUGUUUAAAUAGGCUGUUAGCUAAGUCAUGACUCUUGUGGGUGAAUAUUGCUGGUGUUUCAAUUAAUUUCAGUUAACACGCUUUUGUCGAAGUGUAUCAUUUGAAUGAUAUUUCUGGUGAUGUCAGAGACUACUACCAGAUUACCAAAGUGUCGAAAUCGAAACACUUUGCUAUAAACAUGUUCAAAAAAAUGAUUGUAUAAGUAGGUCUUUUAUAAAUAAACGUUUCGAAUGAUGGUGCAGUUUUGUAACCGGUCGACGGGUUUAACGCAACGCAACGCUAAUGAAGCGCACAUGCUCAGUAACAGCUACUUUAGAACCUUGCUGCUUAAGAAGUAGGCUAAGAUUGUUAUAUCUCUUUUAUAAAGGAAUAUUUCGAAUUAUGGCGUAGUUUUGAGACCGGUCGACGGGUUUAAAGUGAAUUUUCAGCGUUUUGCGGCAUUUUAUUUCGUCAAUCCAACGGCAACGCUAAUUAAGCCCACCCGCACAGUAACAGCUACUUUAGAACCUUGCUGCUUAAGAAUUAGGCUAAGAUUGUUAUAUCUCUUUUAUAAAGGAAUAUUUCGAAUUAUGGCGUAGUUUUGAGACCGGUCGACGGGUUUAAAGUGAAUUUUCAGCGUUUUGCGGCAUUUUAUUUCGUCAAUCCAACGGCAACGCUAAUUAAGCCUACCCGCUCAGUAACAGCUACUUUAGGACCUUGCUGCUUAAGAAGUAGGCUAAGAUUGUUAUAUCUCUUUUAUAAAGGAAUAUUUCGAAUUAUGGCGCAGUUUUGUAACAGGUCGAGGGGUUUAAAGUGAAUUUUCAGCGUUUUGCGGCAUUUUAUUUCGUCAAUCCAACGGCAACGCUAAUGAAGCCCACCCGCUCAGUAACAGCUACUUUAGGACCUUCCUGCUUAAGAAGUAGGCUAAGAUUUGUAUAUCUCUUUUAUAAAGGAAUAUUUCGAAUUAUGGCGCAGUUUUGGGACCGGUCGACGGUACGGGUUUAAAGUGAAUAUUCAGCGUUUUGCGUCAUUUUCUUGUCAAUCAACGGCUACGCGAGGAAAGCGCACCCCGCUCAGUAACCUUGCUGUUUAAGAAGUAGGGUAAGACUUGUAUAGCUUUUUAUCAAGGAAUGUUUUGAAUGAUGCAGUUUUGUAUAAAAUCGGGUGACGGGUUUAAACCCCUUUCAUUGUGGUAGGAGUGUGACGAUAAAACGCGCGGUCAAACUACAAUAUUCACCCUUUGAUAAAUAUGUUUAUUGCUAAACCCAAUUGUAAUUAUUUUGUGGAAAAAUCGUCAAGUUUUUUUCUAUAAAAUUUGGAAAACUUAUGUGGGUUUUGAUAAGCACACGGUCUGUAUCGUUUUGAAACUUGUGUACUGGAGAUGAAUGUUUUUAACGCUAUCGCGGUUAUAGUCAGUAAGUUUGAUGAGUAAAGUGAAAUGUUUUUUUUUUAAAGUCCAGUCUAGGUCAAAAAGUACGCAUAUAGGUAUUUUGUAUUUUUAUUUAUUUUAUGGAACGUAUUGAAGUUGUGGAGUAUGUU